AUGAUUCUUUUAUCACGAUUAAAAACAUGCUUUUAUCUGAAUCAUAAAUUAUUACAAAGACAAUUUAAUAACCAUGCUUACAAUAAAUUUCAUUUUAAUCUUAAGUCAAAAAAGGAGACAGUAACAAGUCGAAAAUUUUCUAGUUUUUAUUCAUCUAUUUUAUCGAAAUUAAAAGUUAAAAAAUCAACAAUAAGAUUUAUAUCGACUGAUGGAACUGUUAAGAAAACAGCUAAAAUAUCACAGGCUGAUAUUAGAAGAUUAUUGAAAUUGGCAAAACCAGAAAAAUGGAAAUUAUUAGCUGCAGUCGGAUUUCUACUAGUUUCAUCAGCCGUCAGCAUGGCGGUUCCAUUCAGUUUAGGCAGAGUUUUAGAUAUAAUAUAUAAUAGUACUUCAGAUAUGAAAAUAGCGAGAGAACAACUAAACAAGUUAUGUCUAAUUUUAUUCGGAGUAUUUUUACUAGGUGGAAUAUGCAAUUAUGCAAGAGUUUACUUAAUGUCAACGACAGCUCUAAGAAUGACUCAGUCCUUACGAUCUCAAGUAUUUUCAUCAAUAUUGAAACAAGAACCUGCCUGGUUUGAUACAAGAUCUACUGGGGCUUUAAUAAAUAGAUUAUCUGCAGAUACUCAAUUGGUUGGUCAAUCUAUUUCAACCAACUUAUCUGAUGGACUUAGAUCAACUGCUAUGGUUGCAGCUGGCACUGGAAUGAUGAUAUAUACAUCUCCAGAAUUAUCUCUAGUAGCUUUGACCAUAGUUCCUCCUUUAGCAGGAUUUGCAAUAUUUUAUGGACGAUUUGUAAGAACAAUGACAAAAAAGGUCCAAGAUAGUCUGGCAGCUACUACACAGGUUGCAGAAGAAAAAAUUGCUAAUAUUCGAACAGUAAAAAUAUUUGGAAAAGAAUUACAAGAGUCUUACUUUCUUAAUAAGAGAUUGCAAGAAGUUUUAAAAUUAGGUUAUAAGGAAUCCAUAGCCAAAGCUGGUUUCUUUGGGUUUACCGGAUUUUCAGGGAAUGUAAUGAUGAUAUCAGUUCUAUAUUAUGGUGGAACACUUGUAGCAGAUUCUAGUAUUACUAUUGGAUCUUUGACAUCAUUUUUAUUAUAUGCAGCUUAUAUAGGAGUUUCUAUAGGUGGUCUUACAUCAUUUUAUUCUGAAUUAAAUAAAGGCAUUGGAGCUGCUGAAAGAUUGUGGGAGAUAAUGGAUAGAGAACCACUCGUAGCUGGCUUAGGUGUAAUUCCCGAAAAAAAAGUUAUUGGUGAUAUAAAAUUCUCUAACUUAAGUUUCCAUUAUCCUACAAGACCCGAGCAAGAUGUUUUUCAUGAUUUUACUCUGGAUGUGCCAGCAGGAAAAGUCACAGCAUUGGUCGGUAGAAGUGGUUCAGGAAAGAGUACUUUAGGAUCUCUUUUACUUCGACUUUAUGAACCACAAAAAGGUGCAAUACUUCUUGAUAACAUGAAUUUGAAAAAUCUUGAUGUGAAUUGGUUGCGCAAUAAUAUAGGGGCUGUAAGCCAAGAGCCCAUAUUAUUUUCUGGCACGAUUCGUGAGAAUGUGUUAUAUGGAGCACCAUAUCCGGACCAAGUUUCUGAAGAACGUUUACUAGAUGCUAUGAAACGCGCACACGUGAUCGAUUUUACUCAAACCUUACCUCAAGGAGUCGAUACAAUUGUUGGGGAAAGAGGCAUUAUGCUUAGUGGUGGCCAAAAGCAAAGAGUUGCAAUAGCUAGAGCCAUUAUAAAGGAUCCUGCUAUUUUAAUCCUUGAUGAAGCAACUAGUGCUUUAGAUACUCAUUCAGAACGGUUAAUACGUUCAGCACUGGAGGCUCUGACUUUAGAAAAAUCUCGUACUGUGUUAGUAAUAGCUCAUCGUCUCAGCACUGUUCGAGGGGCUGAUUCAAUCGCUGUCUUAAAAGACGGCAUGAUUGUUGAAAGAGGUACUUAUGACCAACUAAUUAAUAAGAACAAAGGAUUUUUCAAGGAAUUGGUUCUACACGAAGAUACAAAAGUAGAAACAUUUAGUUAAUAGUGGAUAUUAAUAUUAAUAUAUUGGAGUUCAAGCACAAAGUGGAUUUUGUUCAGAGUAAUAUAUAUUAUCUUUUCUAUGGAAAAUAUUUCUUUAUCCAAAAAGAAACUUCAUAAGCUCACA